AUGCUUAGCAUAUUUCAGUCUUGCAAGAGCAAAACCUCAAGUUUUGACAAUAACAAAUUGCGUUGUCACUCAACUAGACUCUCCCAAACUCAAUAUUCUUGUCCAAGAGUAACUGAGGAAGACAAAUUAUUAUUUGAGAAUACUUAAUUAAAAUAUCAGCUUCAUUAGUUGGAAGAGGAAUUUAAAAUGUAUAAACUAAAAUAAAGACAUAUGAAAACUGGAUAAAACUUUAGCGGAGAAAUUUGUUUUUAAUUGUAGAAUCUGAGAAAGUUACAGACUAUAAAUAAGUAGCUGGAACAGGAGUUGCUAUAAAAGGUUAAGGAGAUUGAAGAGAUGAAAAAAUCAAUGAACCUUACCAAAUAGCAAGAAUUACAAAUUGAGUGUAAGGAAUAUCAUUCAGAAUGCCUACGAUUAAGAAAAUAAAUUUAAUAACUUAAUUAGCUUCUAAAUUACAAACUCAACGGAGUUAAUUUGAAAGAUCUCUAUGAAGAUUUGGAAAAAAGACUUAAAAAAUUACAAGUUGAAACUAAAUAAUAAUAAUAACUAAUUUAAUAAUUACAAUCUGAUACAACAAAAUAUAAAAAUUAGAUCGAAAAAUUAGAGCUCGAGAAUAAACAUUUUGAAAGGGAAAACAAAAAAUAACUACUUUUGAUAAGCCAAAUACAAGUGCCUCAGCCAAAUAAAUUUAAGAAUAGACUACAAAUUUAUAGAGAUGAAGUUGAAAUCACUAAACUGUAAGCAAAGAUUAUGGAACUACAACAGCAACUUAUAAAUUAACAGAAUUACAAGGAGUAGUAUAUACAAUAGCUCUUAAAGAUUAUCAAUGAAAAGGAUGAUUAACUAUAAGCUUAUGAAUUAUCAAAUCCAAAUCUAAUUAUCAAAUAAGCAACUGAAACGUAAUAAUUGAUUCUAGAUUAAAAGUACUAAAAAUUUGUAGAGAAUAUUUAAAGUGAAAAGUCUAUUGAGAAUGAAAUAAUCAGUGAUAUGCCAUCCUAAAUGAAUCUUUUGAGGCAGCCAAGCAUUCGAAAAAAAUAGCAUAUGCUUGAUUAUCAGAAAUCAUUUCAAAUUGAUAUCACGAGCAUAAAUGGGUUUGAAGAAAAUUCCCCUUAAACUGAAGAAGUGGAUGAUAACAUAUCCAUCAAAAAGGAGUUCAAAAUUUAAAAACUUCCUAAAGUCAACUAUUAUGAAGUCAGAACCAUAGGUCAAAGGCUAAAGUUUCAAUUUUAAUUGAAAUAGAUUCCCCUGAUAUAUUUGGAUCAACUUCUGAAUUAUUACGAGGAUUCCGAAAUCACUAUAGAAGAAGUCAUAGAAAUUUUAACCAAGGAGCCUUUUAUGAUGAAUGAUGAGAGAGAAAAGCUGUUGGUGGCUCGGUAUCUUGUCGAAGAUAAUACCUAAGAUUAUGUUCUCCAUAGUCUCAAAAAUUCUAAUUCCAUCUCAAUUAUUAAAAGUGUUUUGAAAUAGUUAUUAGGUAAGUAUGAGUUGUUUUCUAAUUCGGAAAGGAAUAAUAUUGAAUAACAUCUAAAAUAGGUACUCACGAAACAUCAAUACAAGAUACAAGACACUUUAUAAUAAUUGGCAAUCAAGAAGAACUAUUCGUAGUAGGGAGAAUGUGAUAACUCUGAUUAUGAAACUACAUUGAGAUUUUGUGAAAUCUAAUUAUAACCAAGAUCAAUUGAAUAUAUGGAAAUGAUAAACUACAAUUUAGGAAAAAAUUUAGAGAAGAUAAAUUACAAAUCAUUACUCUAAUAUUUUUGCGAUUCUUAAUCAUGA